UUUCUUCCCUCCAAUCAUUUUCCUCUGUGUCUUGUUUUUCUUUUCUCUCUCUAAUUUUCCGGGAAAAUUUCUCUCACUCUUGCUCUCUGGUUUCCCGGCGUCAGAGGAGGAAGCAGAAGAGUAGAAGGAAGACAUUUCUCUGCUUCUACGGAAACUCUUCCCUUCACUUCCUUCCCUUUCUCUUCUCAAUUUCCGUGAUCAUCACAAUUUUCUUCACUCCUCAGUUUCUAUCCUCCAUGAAUUCCCUCUAGCCCCUCCUCUCCUUCCUUCUCUUCCUCAAGGUGGGUCUUCGUUGUUUUGGUGCAUAAGCUUGAGCUGUUGAUGAAUUAUGAGGAACUGUGAUCUUUGAUGUGGGGGCUUGUUGGUGGUGGUGCUGUGUAAUAAUCUAAGAGUAACUGUUGACUGAAAAUGGACAAGCAUUCUGGGAAUUCUUCAUCAGCUCAUGCUGCUGCAGGUCCAUCUGGGAUUUCCCCACAUAAUGUUCCAAAAAAAGCGGGAAGCAGUGCAUGGGGAAUACCACGUGCCAGUGAUGUGUUCCAUGACUCAAGUGAUGUUAGCUUGUUUUCUAGUUCACUGCCUGUUCUUCCACAUGAAAAAUUAGAUUUGACUGAUUCGGAAAAUUAUGGUCAACCAGUUGAUGAUAACUUGCUAACAUUAGAUAAAGUUCACAAAGAGGAUGAGGGACACGAUCCUUUUGAUGACUUUGAAACCAAUGCAAUUGGAAACAUGCUUCCUGAUGAUGAAGAGGACCUUUUAGCUGGCAUUAUGGAUGAUUUUGACCUCAGUAAAUUGCCCAGUCAACUGGAGGAUUUGGAUGAAAAUGAUCUGUUUGUCAAUGGAGGGGGAUUUGAGAUGGAUUUUGAACCCCAAGAGAGCCUCAAUAUCAGUAUGUCCAAGAUAGGCAUAUCAGAUGGAAUUGCUUCAAAUGGUAUUGGUCAGUAUGCAAUCCCAAAUGGUGUGGGAACAGUGGCUGGGGAGCAUCCCUAUGGAGAGCAUCCAUCAAGGACAUUAUUUGUUCGAAACAUCAACAGUAAUGUUGAGGACUCUGAAUUACGAACACUAUUUGAGCAAUAUGGGGAUAUCAGAACUUUAUACACAGCAUGCAAGCAUAGGGGCUUUGUGAUGAUAUCUUACUAUGAUAUUCGAGCUGCUCGCACUGCCAUGCGUGCUUUACAAAACAAGCCCUUGAGACGAAGAAAACUUGAUAUUCAUUUUUCAAUUCCUAAGGAUAACCCCUCAGAAAAAGAUAUUAAUCAAGGAACCCUUGUAGUGUUCAAUUUAGAUCCAUCAGUAUCAAAUGAUGACCUUCGUCAAAUAUUUGGGGCUUAUGGUGAGGUCAAAGAGAUCAGGGAAACACCACAUAAGAGACACCAUAAAUUUAUUGAAUUUUAUGAUGUUAGAGCAGCAGAGGCAGCUCUUAAAGCAUUAAAUCGAAGUGAUAUUGCUGGGAAACGCAUAAAACUUGAACCCAGUCGCCCUGGUGGAGCACGUAGAAACUUGAUGCAACAACUGAGUCAAGAACUGGAACAAGAUGAAGCUCGAACUUUUAGACAUCAAGUAGUUUCACCUGUGGCCAAUUCUCCUCCUGGUAGCUGGGCACAAUUUGGUAGUCCAGUUGAACAAAAUCCAUUAGCUUCUUUUAGCAAGUCCCCUGGUUUGGGCCCUGCCAGUCCCAUUAAUACCAACCAUUUGUCUGGAUUGGCUGCAAUUCUUUCCCCACAUGCAACAACCUCUACCAAGAUUGCACCGAUUGGCAAGGACCCUGGAAGGGCUGCAAAUCAGAUGUUUUCUAACUCUGGAUCAACACAAGGAGCAGCUUUUCAGCAUUCUAUAUCCUUUCCUGAGCAAAAUGUAAAGGCAAGUCCUAGGCCUAUAUCUACUUUUGGUGAAUCAAGUUCUAGUGCAUCAAGUAUUGGAACACUGUCCGGUCCUCAAUUUCUUUGGGGAAGCCCAACUCCUUACUCUGAGCAUUCAAACACUCCUGCCUGGUCUUCAUCUUCGGUGGGGCUUCCAUUUACAUCUAGUGUCCAAAGGCAGGGUUUCCCAUAUACUAGUAAUCACAGUCCUUUUCUUGGCUCCCACUCUCAUCAUCAUGUUGGAUCUGCUCCAUCUGGCCUUCCGCUUGAUAGGCAUUUUAGCUACUUCCCUGAGUCACCUGAAGCUUCUCUCAUGAGCCCGGUUGCAUUUGGGAAUUUAAAUCACGGUGAUGGGAAUUUUAUGAUGAACAACAUUAGUGCUCGUGCAUCUGUAGGAGCCAGUGUUGGUCUUUCUGGAAAUACCCCUGAAAUUAGUUCACCCAAUUUCAGAAUGAUGUCUCUGCCUAGACAUGGUUCCUUGUUCCAUGGAAAUAGUUUGUAUUCUGGACCUGGAGCAACUAACAUUGAGGGAUUAGCUGAACGUGGACGAAGUAGACGACCUGAAAAUGGUGGGAACCAAAUUGAUAGUAAGAAGCUGUACCAGCUUGAUCUUGACAAAAUCGUCUGUGGUGAAGAUACAAGGACUACUUUAAUGAUUAAAAACAUUCCUAACAAGUAUACGUCGAAGAUGCUGCUUGCUGCAAUUGAUGAGAAUCACCAGGGUACUUAUGACUUCCUCUACUUGCCAAUUGACUUCAAGAAUAAGUGUAAUGUGGGUUAUGCUUUUAUCAAUAUGGUGUCUCCUUCACACAUCAUCGCCUUCUACAAGGCCUUUAAUGGGAAAAAGUGGGAGAAGUUCAACAGUGAAAAGGUUGCUUCACUGGCAUAUGCACGGAUACAAGGAAAGGCUGCGCUUGUGAUGCAUUUCCAGAAUUCAAGCUUAAUGAAUGAGGACAAACGGUGCCGGCCAAUUCUCUUUCAUUCAGAGGGCCAAGAUACUGGUGACCAGGAACAUUUUCUAUCCAGCAAUUUGAAUAUUUGCAUUCGCCAACCAGAUGGAUCCUAUUCAAGUGAUUUGUUGGAGAGCCCAAAGGGCAAUUUGGAUCAGAAGCUAGAGAAAGAUUAACCAUUUAUUAGACAUAUUGUUCCUAGCCCACAAUAAAUGGGUUCUAGGAUUGCUAACUAUUUGCAUAGGUGAUCCUAAGGUGUACAAAGCCAAUUCAUGAAAAAAGGAAAAAAAAAAGUUGUAUAAAAAUGAAGGGAGCAACCCAGUUAUCAGCGGGUGGAGACUCCAAAUAUGUCAAUAAUCAUAAAAGAUGCAGAGAGCAGUUUGUUGAUGUGUAGAGAAACAAUUGUUUUACAACCAGUGGAAAAGAAUAACUUGGAGUGUAUUGCUGGAUGGUUGGUUCCUAAAGCAGCAUGCAUGCCAGAUUGUGCAGGAUUGACUCUGUCUGGGAUUUGUUAUUUUUUUCUUCCUCUGUUGAGGCUGUUGUGGCCAUUUGCGGAUAUGAAACUAUUGUGUAUAUGGGGAAAAAAAAUCAAUUUAUGGGGGAAUGGUUUGUAUAGAAUGGGAACAAGGAACUAUCCUGUUAUUUAUCAAUGUUGUUUAUCAUGUAGCCAAAAAAUGUGAAUGUCUGUAAAGAUGUGAAGUUGUGAACUGGUUUCUUGCCAUUGUAGUUGUGAUUUUAAAUAUUGGAUGCACUGUAAAGCACUGUUUUAUCAACCCCUAUUUAUAAAUCUGAGUCUUACUCAUUAAUGUC